GGAGCCGUUACUCAGAGCCCUGACAUUUAUCGCGGCCACCCCCGCCGAGCCUCCCGGGAGGAGGAGCCGCCAUGACAUGACCUGUCCCACCGGCGGCGGCCGGCAGUCAGACAUGGGCGAGCUGAGCCGGGAGGCGCUGGUCCGGUUCCUGUCGGAGCGGGGCGGCCGGGCCCCCAACCAGCAGCUGGUGGAGCAGUUCCGGCCGCUGCUGUCAGAGCCGCCCGCCCGGCAGAGAUUCAAGGACCUAGUGAACGAGGUGGGCACGGUGCGGGCGGAGGCCGGGGUGAGGUUCGUGUGUCUGCGGAGGCAGUACCGGGAGCCCGGGGUCCGGCCCGGAGAGGGAGCCGCUCUGUCCCCGGAGCUCCCCAGCAUCUCGGUCACCCCGGACACCGAGAGCCGCCCAACCCCCCCGGGCUCCCCCGAGCUCUGCCCGCCCUCCGUACGCACUCCCCGCGGCAGCCGCAGAGGGGCCCGGGACCCCGUGUCUCCCCAGCUCCGCCGGCCGGGCGUGCUGCUCCGGACCCGGGACUCGGACAGCUCGUCCUCCGUGUCCGGGAACGAGGAGGAGGAUGGCGGGGGCUCGGUGUCUGGCCCCCCGGCCGCCCUGGACCCCCUGGAGCACGCCUGGAUGCUGAGCUCGUGCCGGGCCCGCUGGGACAGCCUGCAGGAACUGCUCGGUACCGAGCCCGGACUCAUCGCCCGCCGGGACUUCAUCACCGGCUUCUCCUGCCUGCACUGGGCCGCCAAGCACGGGCAGCACGAGCUCCUGGCCGCCCUGCUCACACACGCCCGCCAGCACCGGGUGCCCGUCAACAUCAACGCCCGGGCGGCCGGAGGGUACACGGCGCUGCACCUGGCCGCCAUGCACGGGCACCUGGAGGUCAUCAAGCUGCUGGUCGGAGCCUACGAUGCCGACCUGGAGAUCAGGGACUACAGCGGCCGCAAAGCCUGGCAAUACCUGAGCCCCAACACCGCCCGGGAUGUGCAGCGCCUGCUGGGGGGUCUACCGGGAGAAGAGGAGGAGGAAGAGGAUGGGGGCUCCUCUGGUACCGGCCGCUGGCGGCUCUCCAAAGUACUCCCUAGCCAGCUCAUCGUCCACCGCCUCUCCCAGCUACCGGAGGACGAGCAGGACGGAGCGGCCACCGGGAAAAGCAGAGUGGACAUCAGCAGGAAAGGAUCCGGGGGGAGAGGGAAGAACAGGAUGAACAAAAUCCGAUUUAGGACUCAGAUCAUUCACUCCAACCUGUCUGUAAAGGACAACGAGGAGGAGGAGGACAGGGUAUUGAAAAGCCCUAUGAGACACAGACCCAAAUCCAAUGUGUUUGGCUGAGCAGUCUUGGUUACCGUGUGUAUGCCAGCUUGGAUGUGAUGCUUAGAUCAGGAAUAUGGUCUUUAUGGGUAAAUUAGAUUCUAUCCUGUAUGUAUUAAACAGCACUGUCUGACCACUAACAUGUUCCCAACGCUCUAAAUGGAAUGCUCAAACAGGCAAGCCCCAGAUAUGGAUCCAAGCGUAUGUUUACAAAGGGGGAUUUGGUGCCAGAUGGCCGUUCACUACAUCAAAGCAGUGUGUGUUGUUGAUAACCCUUAUAAGCACUGCCAGGACUGUUAGCCUUGACUGUCUCUCCCGGUGUAUGGUACUACAAUCGUGCAUUCUUAUAGAAUCCCUACAGGAUAAACCUGAAAUUUGUCCAGGGACACGUUACAUGCGUUAAGUUAAUUCAUGGUAUUUCAUGUUGCACAAUAUUUUCACAGCUUACACAAAGUGUUUGUGUGCAGACCUACCAGAAACUGGAUGUGUGAUAGCUUUGCCUAACAACCUACAACAGAUAAAGCUGCUAAUUUGUAUAAAUGUAGAGUUAACUAGAUGACCGUUUUAUAGCAUCUUCAUUGUGUAAACCAGGUGAAUCUGUUUAUAGAUUUUGAGGAAGCAAAUGAGAUUAACUAACUAUUAACUUCAUAGAAAAUGGCAGGGUCUCUCAAAUAAUUGCCAGAGUUAUUCACAAUUCAAUUGUGAAAUGUUAGACAUUUUAAAUUUUAGUCUGCAAUAGGUUAACUGUAAAUAUUCUCUAAGUCACUUAACACUUUAGAUGAUAACCUUAUUGGAUGCAGAAUUGCCAAUGUUUUUAUACCUUGCAAAUUCUACUUAAAGUAGUUUUAAAUACAUGCCUUUGUUUUGUUUUUCUUUUGUAUUACCAAUAGAUGCUAAAUAUAUCUAUUUUUGUAAUUUACUCAGAUCUGUUUAGCCAAAUAACAUGUUCUAAAUCACUAUUUGCAGAGGAAAGCACAUAUGUAAAUCUUCUUUUGAAAAACCUCUGCACUUAACUUGAUUCGAUGUUGUAAGAACGUUUUUACAAGUCUGUUUCUCAUUCAGUGAUUUGUUAAAGGGUACUAAAUUAAAGAUAAUUUUCGGAUAA